AUGAAGUUGAGGCCUUUGGCCAUUAAGGUCUGUGAUUACGCCCUCGACUUCGCCCUCGCCUUCGCCUCUUGUCGCCGUCAGGACUGGGCAAUUACGGCCCCAGCCGACACUCUCGGACUGAAGCGAGCCGUCUUUUUGUCGUCCGCUCCAAUUACGGUACGAUCCGAAACGUCUGAGCUAUUUGCUCGUUGUAUGCACCCCUGA